GGAGAAAUCGUAUUAGCAGAAAAUUCAAGACUACAAACAAAAAUUUAUGAAUUGCAACAGAGGAUUAUUGCUUUAAAUGCCGAUAGAGAUGAAUUGAUUCAGGAAAAUAUCUGUUUAAAAAGUAAAAAUGAAGAACUUGUAACUGAAAGAAAUCAAUUUGAAACAGAUAAUAUUCAGAUUCAUAUAGCAAAUGAAAAUUUGACACGAUUAAAUGACAUGUUAAAAAUUGUUUUGAGAGACUGUGAAGACGAAAAAGAUCAUUAUAAAGCUACAAAUCUAAAAGAAUUUGAAGAAUUUAUUUCAAAUUAUAUUUUUAGUUUAUUUAAUAAUAUUGGAAUAUUGUUUUGA